AUGAUUUUGCAUCUGGAAUGUGUCAUGCAGUUUUCAUCCUUUUCUUGCAAAGAUCGUGCAAUCUCGAGCACUCCCGCUCAGUUCCUCUCAAUUCCAGGUACUGAAUCCACAGCUCCCGAUUUCAUUGUCUCUGGUACGGCUACUGAACAGCUGAUGGGUGUAGCUGAGAGUUUCUGGAGAGAAGGUAUGGGCCCUGAGGAGCUCGCCGAGGUCCUCGGCCAAUCGUUGCUAUCGGGUAUAGACCGUGACUGCCUUUCUGGUUGGGGCGGUAUGGUGUAUAUACUCACCGAUAAGGAGUUGAUUACUAAAACACUGAAGGGCAGAAUGGACUAA